AUGAAAAAGAUUAAUGAUAAUAAGAGUUCUGGCGGAAGAGUUGAAUUAGAAGUGAAUGAUGUUAAUGAGAAAUUAGCCGAAAAAGCAGAUAAAAACCAUGUUCAUUAUAUAAGUUCAGAUGAACAGAUUAUAACGGACUACCAUGGAUAUUUAACACGAACUGAAGAAAAAGUGAAGACGGAAGACCCCAAUGAAAGAAGAUAUAAAUACAUUCGUGCUGAAGGUUAUGACAUAAGCUGUACUGUACAGUAUGACACGGGUAAAGCACCAGAAGCAUUUAGUUAUAACGAUGAAAUAUAUGCUUCAUACUUCUUUGUUAACGGUGUAUUAGUUGAACCAAGAUUUACUUUGAGAGUUAAGGCAAAAAUAACGUUUGAAGAUGCUAUUAAAAGUAAAGCUGACAAAGAUGAACUUGACGCAACGAACAAAGUUUUGAAAUCACAUAAACACAAUAUCUCCGAUAUAAAUGAACUUCAAGCUACAUUAAAUAGUAAAGCUGACAAGAACCAUACACAUGAAUCCUUCACUACUGUUAGAGCAGACGACAUAAUAUUGAACUAUACCCUUGGUUCAAGUGCACCUUUAGAGAAUCCAAGUACAAGCGUAAAAGAUACACUAAACUCCUUAAAUAGUAAAUGUAUGAACAUUGAAAGUCAUGUCAGAAACUUUGAAACACAUGAACUACCAGCAAUGUUAGAUAAAAAAGCAGAUAAAGAACAUACACAUAACUCCUUCUCAACUGUUGCUAUAGAAAGUAUUGAAGGAACGGUUGGCGGAACUGGUGGGGAUGCAUUAUAUUAUAAACCUCCUAACUUUCCACAAGGUUUAACAUCGAAUGAAAACAUAACAACGAAGAAAGAAAUUAGCUGUAAAAAUGUUUAUGUCAUGGAUGAUGAAAAUAAUGUUAAAUUCACUGCUCAAGAUUUAUAUGAUAAGAAAGCAGAUAAAACUUAUGUUGAUGAAAAAGCUAAUGAAAUUAAAGAAAAGGUUGAAUGGUAUCAUGAAUGGACAUUUGAGACUUUUAAAGUUAAAGCUGAUACAAAAUGGGUUUCAGGAUGUUUAGACCUUAAAGCUGACAAAACAGAGCUUCAAACAUUAAAGACUGAAAUACUUCAAACAUUAUAUCCUAUAGGCUCUAUUUAUACGUCAAUGAACUCAACAAAUCCGGCAAGUGUUUUAGGUUUUGGUACGUGGCAGCAGAUUGUAGAUAAAUUCUUAUAUUGUACUAAUAAUUCAAAACAAGCCGGUGGUUCGAAGAAAAUUAAAGAAGUAAACCUUCCACCGCACACUCAUACAGGAACUACAAACACAACAGGUAGUCAUUCACAUUCAAUAACAAAAAGAGGUUAUACAAAUCUUGCAGCAGGUUCGGAUAGACAGGGAAUGCAUAGAUAUGAUAUUUCAAGUGACCCAGUAGAUUCAAGCGCAGGUAUUUUCUGUGGAACCACAGGAAAUCAUUCACACACUUUCACAACAAAUCCAACAGGCUCGGGUGCAGAUUAUAUGCCACCAUUUAUGACUGUAUUCGCAUGGUAUAGAGUUCAAUGA